AACUCAAAACUGAGAGACUUCAAACAUCAUCUGAAGAUGAAAGUGUGCGGUGUUCUCCUGGUUGUGGUUCUCUGUGUGUGCAGUGGAGCUCAAGGGGUGUACGUCAGGGUCGGAGACAGAAGCUUCCCCUUAGAAGCAGUGAAACAGCUGAAGGAGCUCAUGAACAUGGACGACCACAUCAGUCCUCACCUGGCUGAGACCAGAGCUGCAUCCGUUUGUGCCAAUCCACUCCUGCCACUGGUUUUCCAUCCAGUCUGCCAAGGAAGGGAGAGAGACCAGGUUCUCUACAAACUAGUUGUUGCCGCCACUCCUAUGCGUGGUUGUGAAAUCUGUAUCAACCCUGCCUGCUAUGGGUGUAUGAACUGAGGUUACCAUCAGCUAUCGACACAAAUGAACACUGUAAGUUUCGGGCACCUUCCUGCAUAGUUCUCACAUUUCAACAUAUUCCACAUCCAUGGACAUCGAUGAAACAUGUCUCACCACCUGGCAAAGCAGCAUCAAGGAUCUCAGGACUUUUCUUGGAUUUGUCUAAAAUGCUGUUCAAAGUGUCAAAGCAGCUGUUCUGUUCUGUUUCAACAUUACUUUGUCUUUUGCUUGUGCAUGUUUUGACCAUGUAAUUUAUUGUUUGAUAAUAAAAGUGACUGCUUUGCAUCCUCAAAAA